AUGCUUGACUCGACCUUAUUGCUUGCGUUUAUUCUAGGUUUCUUCAUCCUUGCCUUUAUUAUGAAGCGUAAGGAGACGAUGAAAACCGUUUUAAUGUCCUCAUACACCAAAAACCUCCAUAUCCCUCUCCCUCCCGGUCCGGUAUCUUGGCCACUAAUCGGAAACCUACCGGAAAUAGUAGGGAAGAAGCAACCGGUGUACCGGUGGAUACACUCCCUCAUGAAAGAACUCAACACCGAUAUUGCAUGCAUCCGUUUCGCCAGCACUUACGUGAUCCCCAUAACAUCCCCGAGGAUUGCGAGAGCGAUUCUGAAGAAGCAAGACUCCAUCUUCGCCUCUAGACCGCUAACUAUGGGAACGGAGUACUCCAGCGGCGGAUACCUAACCAUUGCGGUGACGCCACAAGGCGAGCAGUGGAAGAAGAUGAGGAGAGUUGUGGCGUCACACGUGACGAGCCAGAAGAGCUUCGAGCUGAUGCACAAUAAGAGAACCGAAGAGGCCGAUUAUCUCGUUCGGUGCAUCAACAACAACUGCGUCAAAAACCAAAGUGUUAUUGAUUUGAGGCUUGCGGUGCGUCAAUAUAGCGGGAAUGUAGCUAGAAAGAUGCUGCUUGGUGUGAGGCAUUUCGGAAAAGGAAGUGAAGAUGGAUAUGGACCAGGGUUCGAAGAGAUUGAGCAUCUUGACUCUUUGUUUACGGUGUUAACGCAUCUCUAUGCCUUUGUAUUAUCGGACUACGUCCCGUGUCUAAGAUUCUUGGACUUGGAAGGGCAUGAGAAGAUUCUGAGCGGCGCAAUGAAGACUGUGAGUAAGUAUAGCGAUCGUUUGAUCGAUGAAAGAAUCUUGAAAUGGCGUGAUGAGAAGAUGAAGGAGCCUCAAGAUUUUCUCGACAUGCUUAUAUCGGUGAAAGACUGCAACGGGAACCCUACUCUGUCGGACGAAGAGAUCAAAGCACAAAUUACGGAUCUUAUGUUGGCGACGGUGGAUAAUCCGUCUAAUGCAGCGGAGUGGGCCAUGGCGGAGAUGAUUAACGAGCCAAGCAUCAUGCAAAAAGCUGUGGAGGAAAUCGAUAGGGUAGUUGGAAAAGACCGUCUUGUCCUUGAAUCCGACCUCCCAAAUCUCAGCUACGUGAAGGCCUGUGCGAGAGAGGCGUUCCGGCUACACCCUGUGGCGCCAUUCAACCUCCCUCAUAUGUCGACAGCCGACGCGGUGGUGGACGGUUACUUCAUCCCCAAGGGAAGCCACGUGCUGAUCAGUCGUAUGGGGAUCGGAAGAAACCCUAACGUGUGGGAGAAGCCACUUAAGUUCGACCCUGAGAGACAUUUGAAGGCUAACAUAAACGUGGAGCUUCACGAUCCAGAUCUCAAUAUAAUUUCGUUCAGCACGGGACGAAGAGGAUGCAUGGGUGCGAACAUUGGGUCGGCCAUGACGUAUAUGUUGCUUGCUCGGUUGAUUCAAGGGUUCUCGUGGUCACCAGUGCCUGGUGAGAGUAAAAUUGACGUUUCGGAAGGCAAGAGUGACCUUUUUAUGGCAAAACCUUUACACGCGGUUGCAACACCACGUUUGGCUCCACAAGUUUACUCAAUCUAA